AUGACAACGAAGGAAACAAGUUUAAAACAAUGCAUUGAAGAACUUUCUGCAAAGAAUACCGAUUAUAAAUUUCCUGAACAAGCUAUAAAUCAAGCUGAGUCAUUGAAGUCCUUAUCAAGUGAUUUAUAUACAGAUAACAUACGAUUUAUUUAUGAAUUAAUACAAAAUGCUGAUGAUUCUCAAGCAAGAUAUAUCACUCUAAAAAUUCUGGAAGACAAAUAUUUCAUUAUUGCUCAUGAUGGAAAAGCGUUUGACGAAAAAGAUUUACAAGGUAUCUGUGGUGUUAAUCAUGGAACUAAAAAGAAAGAUCUCGAUAAAACUGGAUACAAAGGUUUAGGAUUCAAAGCAGUUUUUGGGAAAUCCGAUAAGGUUAUGAUCUAUUCUAAUGGAGAAUAUUUUCGAUUCGAUUCUUCGUAUCAAAUUAAAUGGAAUAAACAAUGGGGAACUGAUGAUCAACAAACAUGGGAAAAAGAAAAUGAUCGAGAAUUCAUUUAUCCAUGGCAAAUUAAUCCUGUGUGGACUAAUGACAAUGACAUUCCGAGUCUUGUUAAAGAAUUUUUUAGUCAAAAGAAAAAUCAAAUCCGUGUAGUCUAUGCAAUUUUAUUAAAUAAUGUUGAAGAAAUCAAUUCUGCUUUAAAUCAAUUAAAACAACAACCACAUAUGUUUCUUUUUCUACGAAAUAUUUGUCGUAUGACAUUUUUAACACAACCAAAUGAUACUAUUUCAAUUGCUCGUGAUUUUAGUCAUGGUUUAAAAAAAGUUCAUGUUAAUAAUAAAAUCGAUUCGCAAUGGAUUAUCAAACAUUUUGAAUUAGAUAUUCCCGAUGAUAUACUAGAGAAGUUAUCUGAAGAUACUAAAGCGCCAGAAAAAUUACGUUUUAUCAAAAAAGCAGAAAUGUUUUUUGCUGCGAAAUAUAAAGUUCCAGUACAUAAUGAAAAUGGAGAAUUGAUUAGUGGUGGUAUAGAAAAACUACAUGAACAAGAUUCAGUUCUCUUUUCUUAUUUACCAACUAAAAUUUUUGAAUAUAAAUUUCCCGUAUUAAUCAAUGCUAACUUUUUAACAAAUGUAAAUCGAGAACAAAUUCAUACGGAUUCUAUUUGGAAUCAAUGGUUAUUUGAUAAAAUAAGUGGUGAAAUCUUUCAAUGGAUAAAAGAACUGGUUAAAGAUAAUAAAUUUCGUUUUCAAGCUUAUCGACUUAUUCCAUCGAAAUUGAAUCCAGAAAACAAUAUUUUAACAAAACGAUUCAAUGAUUCAUAUUCAAGAAGUAUCAAAGAUUGUAAUUUCAUUCGCAAUAGAAAAAAUCAAUUAUUAAGAGUAUGUUGA